CCCACACACACACACACUUAAGCACGACAUUGCCCUCAAUGGAGCAUAGGGAGAGAUAAGGGGAAUGAUGUUACCGGAUUGAAAUACUGCGGGAGACUGGAAGUGGACCAGUCAGCGGGGAACAUAUGGAACGAACGGGCAGUUCUGCACGAAGGAAAUAACAAGAACACACUAGCACACUGUGUGUUAGGGAUCAGAGUUGGCCCAGAUGGCCACACAAACGACAAUCCACAAAAGAAAACCAAAAGGAAAAAACAAACGACAGACUCAGUUCAAGCUCCUCAAACACAUGGAGCAAACAUAAAAAGUCUAAAACAAAAACACACACUGAGGGGCGACGAGUACAGCCUACUCGUCGCCAUGGUUGUCCAUAUCGAUGUCGUUCAUGAAGGCAUCAUCAUCAUCAGCUGGUGGAGGUGGAAGUGGAGAGUCCUCCCCGGAGUCCUCCAGACUGGCCGCUCUCCCGAUAGCAGCUGGAGCAGGUGCUGCUGGACCUCCUGCAUACGCCGAGAUCAGGCCUGCUCCCUCUCGAUGCGAGCCAGGGUCACCCCCUGCUGGGUCUUCAUCCGAUCAAGACGCUCAUCAUAAGCAGCCAUUUGGGUCUGGUACUGGCAUGGUGAGCCAAAUACUGCUGAUGGAACUGGAACUGAUGGUCGAAGAGCUGCUGAUUCUGGAGACGCAGCUUCUCGAACUGGUGAGUGAAGUAGUCCUGGCCGGGGAAAGUGAAACUGCUACCCCCGUACUCGAAGGUGGUGGGACGGGAGGCACUAACGUCAUCCACAUCCUCGGGGUGGACAUCCUCAUCAGCCGCAUCCUCAUGAACCUCCAGCUGGUCCUCCGCUGGGAUCUGAGGUUGAGGAAACCCCUCGAUCCACUUGACUCCUCGCUCUUCUCGAAGCAGGUGCAUGCGAGAUAUCGUAUAUUCGCCAAAGACAUUGGUGUUCCCCUGCUCUGUGCAGCCCUAUAGUGAUAUCUUGAAGUAGGUGGCUAGGAGGGUGAUGAGGGGAGUGCAAUG